UGAUUAUAUAACAGCUUCUUAGCUGGAUAGAAGGCCACGGCGCCCCUGAUUCUCCUUCAUCAAGACGUCAGCGAGCAGACAUCAAUCCAGUUAUCCAGGCAUCCAGCUUCUUCAUCAACUCCCACGACCGGGGAACAACACCUGGACACCACCGAAUCCCUCACAAUCCAACAGCUCAAGCACAGAAGAUCCGAUCGAUUACAUCAUAUUUACAACUGGAAUUGUAGUUAAUUGCAAAAAUACCCUGUCCUGCAGUGAGCACCGUACAACAGGGCUUACGAGAGCUCCUCCAAUCCAGGCGGUCUUCCUCCAGGCAGCAGCAGCAGUGUCACGACGGCAACGAUCAGCAGCAGCAGCUUGGUCCGGCAACGAUAAUUAUUGUUUCAGCAAGGUUUGACGAUAGGGAGUGCGGCCGACUGCCAGACUAAGAAUUGGAGAUCAAGACUCCCACCAGCAAUUCACCGGGCAUUUUGCUCUUGCAAUGGAUUAUUCGAGUACAGGAGUUUCGACAUCCACGAAGACCGAUCCAGAUGAUAAAGAUGAUGUUUUUCCGCUGGAUAAACUAUCUUUAGGGCUAACCAAGUUGCAUGAACUUCCCAUUCCUAAAACAGAGUGAGUUAUCUUUUGAUCACUUCAUUGGCCUUUUAGUUUUUCUUUACUAUAUGGAUUUAGAACUCGACUAUGGAAGCAUCUUAUUAUAGGAUUUUAGUAUUUAAUAUGUGUUUUUAUUGUUUUUGGACUCAGAUAUGAUCAUUAAAUCCAUGUUUAAUAUUAUUUUUAGAUAUUAGUUGCACUCCACAUUUUCAUAGAUCUUGUGAUAGUUGUAAUAUUUUUUUUGGAUGGAAUGUAAGUUUAUAUUAAAGAUCAUCCAAAUAGUACAUAUGUACAACAAAAAUAGCUGGGCAACAAUGGAGGCUAUCCAGAGAUUGGACGACUCCAUCACCUCAAAAACUAGAAGCUAAAGCUACGGCCAACACAAAAAAUAGGUGAUGGGCCGCAAAUAUGUUUAUCAAAAGACUACCAAAUCAUGUGGAUAUUAAGGAAGGAGAGUUAAUUAAGGAAUAGAACAUAUGUAGUUCUCGUAUCUACUGGCAGUUUCAACCCUCCUACUUAUAUGCAUUUGCGUUGCUUCGGGGGGAUUCUCUCUUGCUCAAUUAUUUUCUUCCCUUCUGCUUUAAGUUUCAACAGAUGACAAUUUUUAUUUACUGUUGUCUACAACAAACAACAACAUUACCCCAGUGCCGCAAAGGCUCCCACCUAUGGUGAUGAAGGGGCUUGGAUGUACGCAGCCCUACCCAUGAUGAAAAUUGCGUCGAAAAUUGCAUGGACUGCUGCUCCAUAACAAAGAAGCGCUGACAAUUUAAGCACCUUCUUGGAAUACCUGUGAAUGACCUGGACGAGAGCUAGAAUGGAGCAACGAGUUGAAUCGGUGGAGAAUAGUGUUCAGGAUCUGUGGACGGUGGUUGACGAAGUGUGGAACUGGAUGCUGAACUUGGACCAUCGGAUGUGUGAAGAUGGAUGAAUUGCGGAAUUUGGUAACACACCAGAAGCAACAUCGGUCGUGACUCGUGAGGAAGAUUACGAACACCAAGGAGAAAGGAACAUGACACAAGUCGGAAGUCCUCAGCCAAAGGAGAGCUGGCAAGAGACACAUUGAGUUCACAAGGAUUCUGCGUCAUUGGAGGUUACAUGUCACCCGUGAAUGAUGCGUAUAAAAAAAAGGGUCUUAUAUCCGCCAAACAUCGGAUUGCAAUGUGUCAUCUGGCUUGUAAGAGCUCCGAGUUUGUAAUGGUGGAUCAGUGGGAGGCAAGUCAGAAUACCUAUCAGCACACAUUGACAGUUUUGUCUAGAAUCAAGCUCUCAUUACUGAACAGUGGAUUGCUAUCAGAUUCCCUCAAGGUUAUGCUCGUAUGUGGGUCGGAUUUGCUAAAAUCUUUUAGCACUCCAGGAGUUUGGAUACCUGAGCAUGUCAGGACAAUAUGUAGAGACUUUGGAUUGGUUUGUGUUCGAAGAGAUAGUCAGGAUGUUGAUAAGAUUAUUACUGAUGAUGACAUCUUAAAUGCGUACAAGGCCAAUAUCAAAAUCGUAGAUGAGGUAGUGCCGAACGGUGUCAGUUCUACAGGAUUGAGGGAUUGCAUCUUGAAGAGGUUGUCAAUAAAAUAUUUGACUGCAGAUGAGGUGAUUGGCUAUAUAGAGAAGCACAAUCUCUACCAUGUCCAAAUUUGAGUUGAUUCUUCUGGAAACUCACUGAGAUGAGGCGUCUUGCUCUAUAUUGCAGUGUGAGCUGGGGAAAAAUAAUACCAUCUAUGUUCCAUAUUAUUGUUCCCAUUCUCUAAAUCUCCAAUUAUAUAUAUAGAAUAUUUAUCAUAUCCAAAAUUUGUUUUUGCGGUCUUGUAGAGCUUUUAGUGUAUUUAUAAUACAUGCAAACAUCAAUUACUAAUAAUAAAAUGAAUCCUCAAACAAGUCCCAUAAUCAUGCUAAAACUAAGAUGGGGGGAAGGAAUGUAAUACAAGAGUUUACGUUGGAAACACAAAUGCAAAUAGAAUUAUUCAUCAUUCA